UGAAAUGUACUUUGUAGGCAGCCCAGUGAGAGGUCAUCAGCAAGUCGCAUUGCUGUGGGCAUGACCAGGAACUUCAACAACAUGCUGUAAAGAAGAAGCCAUUCCAAUGUCAGAUGCCAAUUGCCAAGGAGAACAUCUGGGCUCCAAGAUCUCAGUCAGUUAAAGAGCUAAUAGUUACACUGGAUGGACCAAACCUCAUCUGGUGUCCUGAACUUGCAAGCUGGUCUUGGGGAGGUGUGGCAGCCAUGGAAGAUCAAGACCAUUUCUCUGAUGGACCUCUUGGACCACGAGGACUGGCUGAAGCUACAGAAAUGUGUACCCAAGAAUGUCUUGUGCUGGGCCAUUCAGACAAUUGUUGGAUGCCCCCUACCUUGGGUUCAUACCCCCAGCCCAAGUCUCCACUCUCCACCUUUGCACCUCCGAAGGAAUGGGUGAAGAAAGACAAACUGGUGAAUGGACAUACAUUGAGCAGGACCUGGAAAGAAGAUAGCAACAGAAACCAGUUCAAUGACCGAAAGCAAUUUGGCUCUGGGGAAGGGCAUUUCAACCCUGGCAAUCACAUGACAGACAUUCCAUUGGCUAACUUGAAGUCCUAUAAACAUGCAACAGGAGCCGUGGAGAGUCCGAAGGAAAACCAGCUAUAAGGAAUGGUUUCUUUGGAGCAGGGACUUUAGCCUAGUUAGACUUGCUAAUACUGUGUGUGUGUAUGUGUCAGAGCUUUAUGUACUGGGUAGACCUCUAGAACUAUGCGUCACAUAGCUGAGAUAUGCAUAACUGUGGGAUAGCUCCAUUGAAUUACAAAGCAACAGCAUUUCUACUAGUUGUGUGGUUUUGUUACAUAGACAUAAUCAAACUCUUACAGAGAUUCUCUCCAUUUGGCAAAUAUCCUGGGUUUUUUUUCUUUCUUUCUUUCUUUCUUUCUUUCUUUCUUUCUUUCUUUCUUUCUUUCUUUCUUUCUUUCUUUCUUUCUUUCAAUUUAUUGGGAAUAAGGGGGUGGAGCUGUUAAUUAGCUUGUUUUGUUUUGUUUUGUUUUUUUUAAAAAGAUAUUUUUUAUUUUUACCCUGGACUGCUGCUGUAAACAGUAGAAAAAUAUAUUGGAAGAAUGAGAGGAACAGGAAAUACGGCGUGCGUGUCUGUGUGAGUGAGAGAGAGAGAGAGAGAGAGAGAGAAAGAGAGAAAAAGAGAGAGAGAAAUGAAUUGCAAUUCUUAGAAAGUAUAUCCAAUUAGAAAAUUGUGUUAUUGUCGCCAUUGAACCCGUGCUGGGACUGCUAUACUUGACAUCUUUACUGAAACAAAACAACUAAAACUGCAAACAUUAAACCUACUGUGCUAUUAACAACGUUAGUGGACACUUGUUAAGUCAAUCAGUGUUCAAGUACUUGUAAAUAGAACAAAUUAUUACUAAUAACUUUUGUGUACUUAUAACGUUCACCUAAAAAUACUGUAGCCUAAUUCUGUGUUUCACAAUUACUUUUUUUCCCCCUACUUUAUUUCAUUCCUUCCUUUUCUUUAAAAGAAAAGAAAAAUGUUUGUUUUGGUGAUGGUGUUUCGUGUUAAAUGAUCUGUCUGACACACCAUGUUCCAAGGAACUCAAAACACUUGUGUUAAAAACAGAGCAAAUGAGGGGAUGGGGUGGAUGGGCAUUUUAAUUUCACUUUUUUUUUCCUAAUUAGAAAAGAAAAUUCUAUCUGCUAGUUCUAAACUAUAAAUGCACUUUGAAAUUUUAGCCACAAUUAUCAUUUUUUUUCUUAAUAUUCUGAUCUGAAAUCAAAGAGGAACAACAGGGCUCACCAACUAGCAGCUGGACGGGUGACGUUGACAGCAAAUCUGCAGGGUGUUGGCUGCAUACUCACAUGAAAAUAUGAUGUUAAUCAAAAUUAAGUGGAGGGUUAUUUGCUGUGGACACCGUCUAUCAAGAUGGUUGGCUGAGUGAGUCCCAAUGAAAUUAGGGAGAGGUAUUCAAGAACUGAUGUAUCUCAAUGGAGCUUGGCCAGUCAAACUUCCAAAGUAAUUGUGUCACUCAGCACUAAUCUCUAGCAGUUGCUUCCUUUAUACUUUGGUGAAAUGUGUUUUUACUUAGGACAGUUCCUAUUGCUGAAAUGGCACCAGUUGUGUUGAUCAUCAUCUGCCUUGAUGUUGUAGUAACACAAGUGUUUUUAGAUCAUAGCCACAAAAUAUUUAAUGUGUUGUGCCUUCAUAAUGUAACCAAGCAUUAUCCUGGUAGGAUAGUUGGGGGAAAAAUGACAGAGGUAAGUUUCUGAUUCUUGCUGUUUAACUGUUUGUUCUCAUCGUUGGUCAAUGCCUGGCAGAUAACCAGUUUCACGGUCACUUGAAAAGGAACCAGCAAAGUGACUCUAAUGUAAUAAGAUCUCAGUUGCAUGUCUAACAAAUCCUAAUCAACAAUCUUAGGCUUUUUGUUUUCUUAAGGCAUGACAAAAAAAAAAAUUAAACAAAUAGCAUGCAACGUAGGGGAGAAAUCGUCCUUAAAGGGGAAAAAAAAGUAAAAAAUAUCUUGUGCCACAGUUAAACAUUAGUCUUCAAAUAAACUCAGACAAUAAAAGUUGAAAAUAUCAGUGGUUAAUUUCUUUUUACCAACAACAGCGAUGACAAAAAAAAAUUAAAACUAACUGAAGUUGUGUUGUAUAUAGCAGUUCUCAUUUUCUUUCCCUCCACAGUAUAAAAGCAUAUAAUGGGCUAGGGGUGCAUUGCUUAUUACGGUACUUACGUCCGUUUGUGAGGGGUGUUUGAUGACUUUGACUGAAUAAAUAUCUAAACAGUUUUCCUUGUUACUGCUUUGCCAGUUCAACGUUAUUUACAGUUAUUCAGCUCUUGCAAUAAAUGUUCUGAAUUCCUGA